UUCUUCUUGAUGUACAUAACUUCAGGUAGGUCUCUGCAGGUGCGGUAGUAGUAAUGUCAUACACCAGAGGGCGCCAGAGCACCAGCAUUUGAGGCUUUAGCAGGAGUGGACAGCUUUAGCAGCGACUCCGCCUGGAGGUCGAGUAUUGAGUCAGCUGAAAACAUCAAGGUGUAUAAUGUUCGUGCGUUUACCUUCGGACAACUUCAACAGCCGUAAGUUUUUGUUGUUACCCGUGUGUGUGUAUGAGGAACUGAGAAGGGCGGAGGGAACAGGAGAGCUGUCACAGUGAACUGCGGUGUGUGUUUUCUCCGCGGUUCUCUGUCCAGAUGUUGUUAGCUCUUAGCUUGACACUAAAAUCGACCUUUUACUGAUGUUUGGCGUAACAUUACGGUUAGUUCUUUAGCCACCGCAGCCAUGACACCUGUCUACCACCUCCAUUAGUCAAGAGUAGCUUAGCCUUAGCCUUUAGACACCCUGUCAAGGAACCACGGUGUACCGGAACCGAACAUCUACCGAGCCUGUUUCCACGGACGCACUGCUACAAUGAAUUGAGUAGCCAAGAAUGACCUCCAGCCUAAAAGGUCAAGGAGAGUGAGGUUGGAGACUGAUGGAUCAUGGUGGUCAGAGAGACAGUAGAGUGAUGUCUGAAGUUCCUUCAGAUGAAGAUCACCAAACUUCUACCAACUCCAACACCAACGUUGACUCCGCUGAGGUUCUGAACCAAAGCAGAAGAGAUCUGCUGAAAAACGAGCAGCCUAACGAAGAGGGAGGAGACAAGCUUUUAAAAAACAUCUCCUUCAGUGUGAAAGUCCAGCAGGACGGAGAUAAAGAGAAGGUCAACUCAGAAGGAGACAGAGAGGAGGAUGGGGAAGAAGACACGGAUGAGGUGAUGAAAGUGGGUGAGGAGGAGGAGCUGAGCACUCAGAAACACCUCCCCAUGACUGAUUCUCCUCAUCCAGAUACUGAACCAACCUGCUCCACAAGAACAACACCUUCUCAUGGGGAACAGAAGAACUCCACCCGUUUGUCUGUCUCCACCUGCUCACCUGUGAGUCCUCCAGGUCAUGUUCUGCUCAGGGCUCUGGAGAAGUUGGCCCAGAGGGAGGAGGACUUUCACUUCCCUUAUUACCUCCACCAGAUUGCUGAAGCCUUUGUCCUUCAGAAGGACUAUCAGCUGGCACUGUGCUGCAUCCACCUGGAGGCGCUGUAUCACCACAGGCUCUUGGACAACCUGAGAACAGUGCGGCAGCAGUGGGAGAGUCUGUGUAGAACGACAUCCUCUGACCUGGAGCUUCAGCUUCUGGACUCUCUCAGACACAUCUGUCAGACACACACUCGACCCAGUUCUAACGAUGCUGUGUGCCUUUGGACCCUGGACUGUCUGAGGCCAGGAGGAGGAGGAGGAGCUUCAUGUUCCACAGCAUCGGUGGCUGACACCUCCCUGGGAUUGACGGAGGUCUCAGACCAGCAGACGGGAUGUCCAGAGUCCUACAGACAGGAGCUGACUGAUGAGAAGGCCAGGGUUAGGGAGGCAGGAGCAGAAGGAGGACCAACCAUGUCAUUUAAGGACAGUUGUCUGGACCAGUCAACCGCUGAAUACAUGGAUCAGUCUGAGCUUGAAAAGCAUUGUGGGGGAUUGAGUCCAAGAGGGAAGGCGGAGGAAGAGGCCAACUUGCAUGUGACAUUAGAAACUGUGCAGCUGGAAGAUGGAGAGCAGCGGCAGGAGACCCUGGCUGAGGAGCAGCAGGAGACCCUGGCUGAGGAGCGGCAGGAGACCCUGGCUGAGGAGCGGCCGGAGACCCUGGCUGAGGAGCAGCAUGAAAGUACACAGGAGCCCCAGCUCUCUAAUGAAACUCAUAUGAACCAGAUCAGUGAGUGUGAGGAGGUGGGGGAGGAGGAAGAGGAGUUUGAAGAUGAAGCAGCCGACCUAAUGAAAGGAGCUUCUCUAUUGGACGACAUGGCGAAACGUAUCACUGUGGAAGAGGUGUCUCAUGCCUCUGGUCUGGUCUCCAUACUGAAGAAGAGGAGUGUGUGUGUGGACACACCGGCAGAACCUCAGCGGCUGGACAGAUUGACUGCUAAAAGACGAGUCCGCUUUAAAGUCUCUGAUGAUGACGAUCAAGAGGUCGGCGGUGGGGACUCCUGCCUCCUCCUCUUCCUGCUCUGUCUGGUCACUGUAGUGAUCAGUGUGGGCGGCACCGCCCUGUACUGUGCUCUGGGUGACACCCACUCCUCAGUCUGCCAGGACUUCUCUAGAAACGCAGACUUCUACAUGGGUCACAUCCAGCACCGGUUGGCUCACCUGCAGCAGUGGUUUGGUUCCGGCUAAUAGCAGCUCACCUGUGGACACUGUUGGUUCUUCCUCGUCUUCUUCUUUUUGUUUCCUGCGGCUGCACACCUGGAACAGUUCCAGGUGGUUCCUGCUGCCGUGCAGAGUAAGUAAACAUCAUGCUGUCUGGUCUAACAGCUGGAAUGUAGCAUUCUUAAUCUCUUUAAAUAUAUCUGCUGGGUCUUCAACAGUCUUCUCACUCACAGAGGGGACUGUUCUGUGUCCUGUCUGCUCAGAACCACCUGUCCAAUAAUUAGACACUGACCUCAAGUCAUGUUUGCUCCACUUUAUUCUCAGGUUGUUGACCGAGCAUCACCCACAAGAUGAGAUGAGCCAGCUAAUCAUAUAUCAUUAACUAACACAGGUUAACAUGACGACGGCUAAUAUUUAAUUAGUUAAUAUGAUGAUUAGUUAGAACCUAACCCUGUCACACACAGACUCUGUCUCUCUGAUUGCAGACCUACCACUGCUCCACAUACACUGUCAUUCAUCCACCUUCAGUCCUAGAGUGGGGGCUGGGUCCAACAAACUGGGGGGUGAACACAGACAGACUAGAAUGGUCAUCAGCGAUAGCCCUGCCUCUAGGGAGCGUCUUUUCACCAAUGAGAAGGUACUGGUUAAGUAAAAAAAAAAAAAACUUAUUUUACAGACUAAACACAAUUUCAAUAAAAGGUUUAAUGUCUGCACAGAUAUAAAAUAAAUUAAAUCAAUAAGUAAAUGAAUGUUUCUCACCUGUAAAUGGAGAUGAUGUCACUUCACACACUGCACAAAUAGGUGGUUGCCUAGUGGGCAGUUUGGUAAAUGUUGCCUUUAUUAUUGAAUUGUAAUUAUUAAAGUCAAUUCAUAUUUAAGUCUCAAAAUGUUGUUGAAUGUUUGGGUUUGUUUUUUUAAACAGUGUGUUAUUGUUGUGACAUGCAACAGAGCUAGAAUAAAGACAUGAAAUGUGCUCCAUCCAGAAAACAUAUUUAACAGUGAGGUCAGAGCAGGGCGUUGUCUUUUUUUAAUACAGGUUUAAAACUGAAGCAGUACCUGACAGCAGUACUAUCAUGUCUUUGUCCUGACUCAAGCAGACCUACACUGAGGUGAUGGUCUCUGCCUGGGGGGGGAGGGUGUUGUUUUUUUUUUGUAAAACAUGUCAUUUGAUGUACUUGUGUAUGUACUCAUGUACGUAUACAUGAAAGCUUUUCUGUAAAUUCUGAUGGUUGACAGGAAUUGCCAAUGUUUUAGACGUGGCUUUUUCUUGCAUGUGAAGGUGCAGGUGAGUCUGUUUCUCUGAUGCAUAAAAAAAUAUCCUGUGUGUGUGUGAUGUCAUCCUGUCAUCCAAUGAAACCACAACAAUAGCAUUAAGCAUUGUUACCUGGAUAACAUUUUUAUUGAAGCGGCUCUCUUCUUGUUUACCUGCUACAUAUUCCCAGUUGUGGGAAUAAUAAAGUACAAGAAUAUUGUAACACA